UUUUUAAUAUCUCUUCAUCUCUUAGUACAUAAAGGACUUCUACAACAAGACGGUGGUGAGUCGUAAUGGAACAGGACUCAGUGGGGAGACCUUGACCCUCAUGUACUCCCUCACCGUGUCUGUUUUCGCUAUUGGAGGUCUGCUGGGUUCCCUCAUCGUGGGCAUGCUGGUCACUCGCUUUGGCAGGAAAGGCACAGUGGUAAACACAACAGUGCUGGUGUUUAUUGCUGGCUCACUCAUGGGCUUCAGCAGGAUUUGUGGUUCACCUGAGAUGGUCAUCUUUGGCCGCUUCAUCACAGGAAUUCACUCAGGCAUCUCUCUAAGUGUAGUACCAAUGUACCUGGGUGAGAUAGCACCUAAGAACCUGCGAGGCUUCCUGGGUCUCGUACCAAGUAUCUUUAUUGGCACCGGAGUCUUCACUGCUCAAAUCCUCGGCUUACAUGAGCUUCUAGGAAAGGUAGCCAACACUGCUUUCCAACAACAGCCAGUGUGA